UGUCAAAAAAUCUUAAAUUUAAUAUUGUUCCAUUUCUUGACGUUCAUUUUUUUGACAAAAGCUUGAUUUAUAAUUAUCAGAGUUUUAAUUAUAAUAAUUUAAUAUUAUACUGACAGUGAUUAAUUGAAAAUGGAUCCAAUAGCAGUUUUACAAAACAGAAUAGAACAGUUAGAAGCGAAGUUAGGUUUGGCUCCAAAUAUGCCUUUGGAGAGCCAACAAGGAGAUUCGGCUACAAUAAAUUUAUUAAAUGCAGCUCAAGCUAUUAACAAUGCAACUGCUGGUCAUGAGAAACUAUCAGAAGCUAUGCAAAUAGCUACGGAAUUAAAUAAUUACACUGAUCCAAAUUUGAUUGAAAACAUUCAACAGCAAAACAUACAAAUGCAAGAAGUGUCUGCAGCAGAACCCAUCUUGAGACACCACUGUCAUUGUAUGCAUCGGUGCAAGCAAGCCGCACCAGUUUUGGAGUCAGAAGCUAUCCAGAAAGUCCCUCAAAUGCAAGAAGUGGUUGAUAACAUGCAUGCUGCUGCAGCAGAGGUUAAGACUGAAGCUGAUGUGGUAUCUUUGGGAGUGCAACAGUUAGCAGAAACGUGUGGCGCAGCUGCAUCCAAUGCUUCAGAGCAACUUACAAAUAUAGCACAGAAAGUUGAACAAGUUGAGCAAAAGAUGUUCCCCAAAAGAAGAAAUGGACUUGACUGAGAGUUGACAAGUAUUAUUCUUUUUGGUGCUUCUUCAAAUUUUGUUGUAACCUAAUUUUAUUAUGAUUUUUUAAUUUUAUUCUACUUUAGAGCUUUACUAAAUUAUUUUGUAUUCAUGAAAAAUUAAAUGUCCUU